UAUUCUUCUCAACUUGCAAUUUUCUUUCUUGUUCACAAUUCAGAGAUGGAUUGGGUACGAGGAAAAUCAGUUGGUAGAGGAACCUUUGGAACUGUUAAUCUAGUCUUACCCAAAGGUGCUUCGAAUUCUACUCUAUUUCCUUCUCCGACAGCCGUCAAAACAUCCGAGGCUUCAACCUCGUAUUCCCUCAAAAACGAAAGACAUGUUCUCCAGCAUCUAGGUUCCUGUCAACAAAUCAUUCGUUGUUUCGGAGAUGAUUACACCUUCGAGAAUGGCCACGAGUAUUACAAUUUAUUUCUUGAAUACGCUUCCGCUGGAACUCUCGCCGAUCAAGUUAAAUUCCACGGUGGCCGGAUUCCAGAACUAAACAUUUGCGGUUACAUCAGAUCAAUUGUGGAGGGUCUUAACCAUAUUCAUAGCAAUGGAUUCGUUCAUUGUGAUAUAAAGCUCCAAAACAUUCUUGUAUUUCAUGAUGGUGAAAUCAAAAUCGCUGAUUUUGGUCUUGCUAGAAAAUCAGGGGAGGAACAGAGUAGGUUCGAAUGCAGGGGUACUCCACUGUAUAUGUCGCCGGAAUCAGUGAUCCACGGAGAGCAUGAGUCGCCGGCAGAUAUUUGGGCACUUGGGUGUGCCAUAGUGGAGAUGAUGACUGGAAAACCAGCAUGGAAUAUAGAGAAGGAUUCGAAUAUGUUGUCGUUGUUGCUUCAAAUUGGUACAGGAGAAAAAUCACCGAUGAUACCAGAAGAUUUGUCAAAAGAAGGAAAAGAUUUUGUUGAGAAAUGUUUAGUUAAGGAUCCAAGAAAAAGAUGGACGGCUGAGAUGCUUUUGAAUCAUCCAUUUAUUGAAGACGUGAAGAAUGUUAACGAACCAUCACCAAGAAAUCAUUUUGAUUUCAAUGACUGGGUUUCAAGUGUUGGUGAUGCAGCUCCAAGCUCCCCGGAAUUUGAAGAAUCGUGUCAGUGGGAUUUUGAUAAUUGUUCUUGUUCACCAGCGGAUCGGCUCCGGCAGCUUGUGACGGUUGAAGUGCCAGUGAGUUGGUCGGAAUCAGAUAGUUGGAUUAAUGUUAGGUGAGAAUGAGAUUGUAAAAUUUUUGGUAGAGCUGAAACAGAGUGUUAUUAAUUAGAGGAGUAGAAGAUUGAUCAUAGUAAUUAAUCUGAUUAUUCUGAUUGGAUUUUAAUUUGAAUCUGUUUGGAUUUUGAUUAUUCAAAUUGGAAUGAAAAUUGGGUAGUAGGAUAUAUCACAUACCAUUUAGAUUCUCU